AUGGAUGAGCGUGAAGCAUUGGAUCCCACCGAAAAGAACUCCAAAAUGCAAGAGGUGGCAACAUACCUUGAAUGGAUUAGUAUCAGGUGGGGGACCACCUGUGAAGCUCCAUCAAGUGAGCCUCGAUCACGCUUGUACUGCUUUGAGAGGCCUUUUACAUGUCCAGUGGAUGACUGCCACUCCUGCUAUAGGAGGAAGGACCACUUGGCACGACAUCUGCUUCAGCAUCAAGGGAAAUUAUUUGAAUGCCCCGUGGAGGACUGUAAACGCCGAUUUGCUUUUCAGGGUAAUAUGAAGCGUCAUGUGAAAGAGAACCAUUGCGAAUCUUCUUCUCUUAAUGCAGAGCGUUCCAAAAAAUAUAUCUGUCCAGAAAGUGGAUGUGGAAAAGUGUUCAAGUAUCCGUCCAAAUUGCGUAAACACGAAGACUCCCACAUUAAGUUGGAUACAGUGGAGGCAUUAUGUUCAGAACCAGGCUGUAUGAAAUAUUUCACGAAUAAGCACUGCCUUAUGGAGCAUCUUUUGUCUUGUCAUCGGUACAUUGCCUGUGAGAUAUGUGGGAACAAGCAGCUGAAGAAAAAUAUUAAGCGUCAUCUUCGAACACAUGAAGUGGGGGUUUCCUCGGAUAGAAUUAAGUGUAGCUUCGAUGGUUGCGUGCAUACAUUUUCAAAUAGAUCAAAUCUCAAACAACAUAUCAAAGCUGUGCACUUGGAUCUUAAACCAUUUACCUGUGGUAUUCCUGGUUGUGGCAUGAAAUUUGCAUUUAAACAUGUGAGAGAGAACCACGAAAAAUCUGGGUGCCAUAUCUAUACUCAGGGAAAUUUCGAAGAGUCCGAUGAACAAUUUCGAUUAAGAUCAAGAGGUGGCAGGAAAAGGAAGUACCCAGUUAUUGAAACUCUGUUGCGGAAAAGGAUUAUACCACCUAGUGAAUCAGAUCCCGUUAUGCGCGAGGGUCCUGAAUAUUUAUCAUGGUUACUUAAUGCAGAGUCCGAGGAUUAA